AUGCCCUUCAGACGUGACGAACCCGAGAUUGACGAUGUCAAGGACUCUCAACCGCCCAGUCCAGAGCUGCUUCCUACUCAGCGAACUAAGGAAGUAAUCAGCCUGAGGACUAAGAUCUCGGCUGUGUUUACGGUAGUCUUCUCUGGCAUCGCGCUUCUGUCAGAUGGUUACAAUGCCUCGAUCGUCGGGUACCUCAACCUUCUAUUCAAGCCGCUGUACCCCGACGCCUUCACUCACGAGAUGAAGACCAGGAUCUCGAAUUCCUUCUUCAUUGGAGAAAUCGUCGGUCAGUUGGGCUUCGGAAUGGCGAUAGAUAGAGUCGGGCGGAAGGCUGGAAUACUACUCACGACCUCGUGCUUGAUCAUGGGGAUCAUUCUCUCGGCAGCUGCCCACGGCAAGACGAACGAAGGGUUGCUCUGGAUGAUGCUUAUCGGCCGAGGCCUAGCUGGUGUUGGUGCAGGCGGAGAAUACCCCGUGGCAGGAACUGCAUCCAUCGAGGCUGCAGACGAGACAUCCCAUGUGAGGACGAGGAGGGGCUUCUUGAUCGCCUCGGUUGGAUGUGGCGCUAUCGAUCUUGGCUUCGUCAUUGGAGGCAUUGUCCCGAUCAUCAUUCUGCUCGCUUAUGGCUACACGACUCACUCUACCGGUGUUCACGGUUUUGUUGGCACCUGGCGAAUCACCAUGGCUUUGGGACUUGUCCCUGUCCUCUCGGUGUUUUACUUUCGUAUCAAGAUGCUUAAUUCGACCGCCUACAGGAAGAACGCCAUGAAGGGCAAACGAAUCUCACUCAAGAUCCUCAUGCUCGCGUUCCGACGAUACUGGAGGCGAAUCAUCGGGACAUGCGCUUGCUGGUUCUUGUACGAUUUUUGCAGUUAUCCGUUCGGAAUUUUCAGCUCGACAAUCGUUGGACAACUCAACCCUGACAACACCAUCUUACAGAACAUUGGUUGGGGAACCCUGAUCAACGCCUUUCUCCCGUUCGGUUGCCUUGUAGGCGGGGUCCUGCUGGACAAGAUUGGUCGGAGAAAUACUCAGGCACUGGGCUUUGCCGCCCAAGGCGUCAUCGGGAUGAUUCUUGGAGGCGUAUUGUCAAAGAUUCAGAACAACACCGCCGCGUUUGUCAUUGUAUAUGGUGAGAGCUCUCUCAACUUUCAGCCGAACAACAUUCUCAUCAUCUAUGAAGGUAUCUUCCUGGCAGUCGCCGAGGCAGGUCCUGGCGUCGCCACGAUUCUCAUUGGCGGGGAAGUCUACCCGACCGCCCUCCGAGGCCACUUCUUAGGCUUCUCUGCUGCAUGGGGCAAAGCAGGGGCAGCUAUCGGCACGCAGGUGUUCACACCUAUCCAGAAUGCUUUUUCCGAUGAUUUCAGAGGACAGCAAGCGGUGUUCCUGAUCGGCAGUGCCGUCUCGAUCGUCGGUGCUAUCAUCACUUAUAUCUGUAUUCCCGAGAUGGGAACUGGUCAGUAUCUGGAGGACGAGGACGCAGCUUGGCGCGCGUACCUCGAGUCACAUGGUGUAUCUACGAACGAGUUUGGAGAGGCCGUGGAGGCUUCCGCCAGCGGACAGAUGAUCAGAGAGAUCGAGGACAAGCAAUAG